AUGUCUGACGUCGCUGAGACCAAGCCCGACCCCACCAUCAGCGCUCCUGAGGGCGCUGAGAAGCCCGAGGAGACGACCACCACCGCCACCGAAGAGACCAAGACUGAGGAGAAGCCCGAGGAGUCCAAGUCGGUGACUGAGUCCGCUGCCGAGGCCGUUAAGGACACUGCCACCAAGACUACCGACAGCGUCUUCUCCAUGUUCGGCGGUGGCCCCAAGAAGGAGAAGCAGGAGGAGCCCGAGGAUGCUAAGGACGAGCCCUCCGGCUCUUCCAAGGCCCAGAAGGGUGAAGAUGAGGACGAGGCCCCCGAGUCCCCUGAGGUUCACUUCGAGCCUGUCAUCCGCCUGACUGAGAAGGUGGAGACCAAGACCAACGAGGAGCUGGAGGAGCAGACUUUCAAGAUGCGUGCCAAGCUUUUCAGAUUCGACCGUGACAGCAAGGAGUGGAAGGAGCGUGGUACCGGUGACGUCCGCCUGCUCAAGCACAAGGAGAACCAGAAGACCCGUCUCGUGAUGCGCCGCGACAAGACCCUCAAGGUCUGCGCUAACCACUACAUUGUUCCCGAUAUGAAGUUGAGCCCCAACGUUGGCAGUGACCGCAGUUGGGUCUGGAACGCUACCGCUGAUGUCAGUGAGGGUGAGCCCGAGGCGCAGACCCUGGCCAUCCGUUUUGCCAACAGUGAGAACGCCAAUCUCUUCAAGGACGCUUUCGAGAAGGCCCAGCAAGAGAACGAGAAGCUGCUUAGCCAGCAGAAUGUCAGAUUGGUGACCGAGCAGCACAUCGUGAAUAAAGACUCCGGCGUUGAAGGAUUCCCCCUCCGAUCAUGGUCAAUUGAGAUCUACCUUGUCAACGAACACGGCGAGCAGGUGCCUGCGAAUGUCUUUGACAAAGUGACAUACACGCUGCACCCUAGUUUCGGCGACAGAGCCAUUCAGACUUUCAAGAACCCCCCUUUCAGAAUCUCAGAGGAAGGAUGGGGUGAGUUCGACAUGCAGAUAGGCCUCACUGCCGCCGACAAGGAGCAUUUCGUUACGCACGAUCUGAACUUUGCCCAGCCCCGUUACGAAUCCAAGCACGUUAUUACGUUCAAAAACCCCAAGCCUGCCCUACUAUCCCUCCUCCGCGAAUCCGGACCCGUCCCAGGAGACGAGAAUGGCGUGAAGUCGAAACGCGCUGCAACCGGAGAGGAGGGAUCCAAGAAGAAGAAGCGGACAGAGAAGAGUGUCGACAUGGACAAGCUGGCCGACGGUCUGCAGCGACUCGGCGAAGAUGAUCUUCUUCAGGUAGUACAGAUGGUGCACGACAACAAAGCCCCAGACUCGUAUACCAAGAACGAUGUUGAGCAGGGAGAAUUCCACGUCGACCUAUAUACUCUUCCAGACACCCUAAUCAAGAUGCUGUGGGAUUUCACGCAGGAGAAAGGCGCUUUGUGA